UAUAGCUUACAGUUCAGUGUGCGCAGGAAGGAGAUAUGGAGAACAUGUAGCUAAUGCUCAUUCAGGAAUUUUCCGUUCGCCUACCAAUGAUAUUAUUCCAACGAAAUUGACUUGAUACAAUACAUAUUCACCCGGAUUCCCAUAACGACACCAGCGUCAUCAUCAUGCAAUGAGUCGGACCUAAGCCGUCCCCCCAGUGGUGGAAUGGAGCAGUGAUGAAUGGGGACGCCCCCCCCAGCAGCCCAGAGCUGUCCUCAUGCCCGCUGCCUGACUGGAAAGAGUUCUGUGAGCUGCACGCCCGCGCCUCCGCCUCCGACUUCGCCGACAAGUUCCGGCGUUUCGUGAGCGAGAACCCCUGCUACGACUCGCCGGGCGCCGACUCCACCUUCUCCCAGCACUUCGCCCAGCACUUCCUGGACUGCUUCUCGGCCGAGCUGAGCCACGCCCACGCCCCCGGCUCCCCGGGCGCCGCCAAGUACAGCAUCGUGCCCUUCGUGGGCAUCCAGAGCUGCCCGCUGCCCUACGGCCACGACCUCUACCACCGCCGCAAAGACGCCGGGGCCUCCAGCGAGUCUCUGGACAGCAUGGACAGCGGGACGGGGAACCUCCCUCCCCGCGCCCCGCCCUCCGGCCACAAGGCGUCGGCGCUGGGCCAGUCGCGCAGCACGGAGGACGUGUCGGCGGGGCACCCCAAGGCCAAAUUCAAGAAGGGCUUCUCCCUGCGCAACAUGAGCCUGUGUGUAGUGGACGGCGUGAAGGAGAUCUGGCACCGCCGGGCCUCGCCGGAGCCCGAUGCCGGACGCAGGGCCAACGGGGAGGCGGGCGACCGCUGGAGCCAGCGCCUGCGGCUCUCCAAGGGCUCCCAGGCCCACAAGGCCGAGCUGCUGGAGAUCCAGAGGGAGGGAGCCCUGCGCUACAUGGUGGCCGACGACACCAACUGCAUGGGCAGCUCCCAGUGGCAGAAGUGCCGGCUGCUGCUGAGGAAGACGGGCCCGCGGUCGGAGGGGGAGCGCUUCCUGCUGGAGUUCUACGUGCCGCCCAAGUCCUCCAAGCCCAAAGUGAGUGUGCCCCUCUCAGCUAUUGUGGAGGUGAGGACCACCAUGCCUUUGGAGAUGCCUGACAAGGACAACACGUUUGUUCUGAAGGUGGAAAAUGGUGCAGAGUAUAUCCUGGAGACUAUCGACUCGCUGCAGAAAAACUCUUGGGUAGCAGAUAUUCAGGACUGCAUAGACCCUGGGGACAGUGGAGAUGAUAUUGAGCUUGCUUCAUGUCCCCAUGGCCAGUCUCCCAGAGAGUUUCCCAUGGUCUCCUCCUGCAGCUGUGAGCUCCUGUCUGAAGGUGUACACCGAGCCCCCGAGCGGGCAUGUGCUGCCUCAGCUGACCACUACAGCGCCCCCUCUGUCCGCUUCCGGGAGUCCCCCUUCACGCAGCACCCGUCUCACAUCCUGUUGGAGCGCUUUCUGCAGUCGCCCGAGGCGCAGGGGCCCAGCCCCCCCGCAGGGGGUCACACAGAGGGAGCACCAGAGGUGGAGGGGGACGCCAGUCUGACCGGAUACCCAUGGUUCCACGGUACGCUGUCACGGGUACGAGCGGCCCAACUGGUCCUGGCUGGAGGGGUGCGCAGCCACGGGCUCUUUGUGAUCCGGCAAAGCGAGACCCGGCCAGGGGAGUACGUCCUGACGUUCAACUUCCAGGGCAAAGCCAAGCACCUGCGGCUGUCAGUGAACGACAACGGCCAGUGCCACGUGCACCACCUGUGGUUCCAGACGGUGUCGGACAUGCUGCGGCACUUCCACGCCCACCCCAUCCCGCUGGAGUCCGGGGGGUCCGCUGACAUCACGCUGCGCUGCUACGUCCAGGCCCAGCGCACGCCCCCAGAUGCAGGCGUGUCUCAGCCCCCUGCUGUUCCCAGAGAACCGGUCUGCCGGGGGGCCGACCAGCACCAGUCAAUGCACUACUUCUCCGGCACCUUGCAGCCCGCCGGGCCACCUGCGGACGCGCCCCCUCCGUCCGGCUCCUCCUCCUCCUCGCCCACCGCCCUGCCUCCCUUCUCCCGAGGUGAGCCGGGGGUUGGAGGAGGGCUGCAGAGCCGCAGCAACAGCUCAGAGCGCCUGCUAGAGCCACCUAGUGGCACCUCUGAGGACUACCACGAGAGCGACAGCACACGCAGGACAAGAGCUGUGGAAAACCAGUAUUCCUUCUACUGAGGCCAGGGUACGGCUCCAUCUCAUUGGCUGAGCAACAGGAAGUAUGAGAAUAUUUCUCCCUUACAGGUAACAGGUGACAGUGGACUACAGCUGAACAAAAUUGUCCAAAAUAAAAACUGGUUUACUGACCUUUGAUCAGGGAGUUGGUAACCAUACAAAGCCAAGCCUAUAAUUCUUUUCCCAUGUUAGUUCACUUUGAGGGUGGGUGAAUUAAAGCACCCCCUCUAUCCUGUACAGACAGCUUUGAUGCAGUGUGGGGUCUGGUCUGCAGAGGGAUUUGAGGGAGGAAAGAGGAAAUAGUCCAAAGGAGUCAUAUGGCAUUAAUUCUCCAGACCACUUCCUGUCUAAACCUCUGGAAACAAAAUUCCUCGUCACCCUCACUUAUCAAGAGUUGAAAUGACUCAGCCAUUAUACUUUUCCAUCAAUCCCCUAGUGCAUUUUCAUGUUGUUCAAAGCUGUUUCCAGUCAGCUCCGGAAAUCCCCAUCCCCCCACCCUAUGCAUCUUGUUGAUGCAGCCUUCUGCUCACCCAAACGUCAACGUUAAGCCACUGCUUCUGCAACAAACACCAAGACCACACUGAACACCAUUACAAACACGCAUUACUGUUUACUCAAACUUUGAGCUGUCUGUGACAUGCCAAGCAUCUACAUUACGUCUGACCAUUGCAUUUGCCUUGACAAAGAUUAAUGAUGUCGUUAAAGAGACUAACACAACAAAAGCUGUGAUUUAACUACAGCACAUUGAGUGAAUUAACACUGUAUUGGUGCUCAUUCGCACUACACUAACAAUGUACAGUGCUCCCAACGAUUAUUUGUCAGUGGAGCGGGAAUGCAGGCUGGCCAACAAACCCAUACACAUGUUUAUCAGGAGAAUGAAUCCCAAGAGGGGCUGGGCCAGCAACACUGCAUCUCACAGUCAUAUAUGUUUGCAAUGUAAGCAGUGAUCAAACAACUUUAGGAUAUUCUGUUGCUCAAGGAUGUGAUGGUUUAUGUACUCAGAGCUUAAAAAAAGACACUUCAAAGAGAAUCCAGUAACAAGAAUCAAAUGCACAACAACAACCACCACCAAUGCCAUGAAAUUGCUGUCCCUUCUCAUCUACGCUUGCACCAUUUAUCGUCAGAAAGAUCAAACACAUAUCAAAGGAUUUUUCUUUUUAGAAUAACUUAUUUCUAUGGAUGUGACUUGUCUCUUGUGUGGUGUUACCCUCCCAGUGUUGAUCGAUGUGCAGAGAUGUUCAGGGUCGUGGGCAGUCAGAGCCCCACGGUUCCCAAAGUCCUCUGGGUGUUUCCAGUCUUCCCGCCUUGAAACUCGGUAACCCCCAGUCAGACACGCUCUCUCAGUCGAUUACACUGUGAACUCUUCUGUUCAACUUGUCUCACUUUCUGCUGUCCAGGCAAGAGACCAUCAAGUGAGACGGUGACUGUGUACAAGGGGAAUUCAUCAGAUGUGUUGGGAAGGUUAGGUGAGGCAAUGUUUUUCCUCCACCAUACACCACGUUACACCCUAAUCAGUUCAAAUAUCCAUCAGAUUCAGACUGGAAGCUCAGAAUAAAUCAGAACCCUUUGGCCCUGUGGGCUUUUGGGUCUGUACCUUGGGUGCAACCGUGCUGUGUAAUUUACAUCAUAUACAGCCUAGAGAGCACCAGGAGAGCAGGUUGUCUUGUUGAUGUGGUUAUACAACCACCCAGGACUGGGUGAGAGAAAGUUUGCUACAGUACAUGUGCCAAUUUAAAACAUAUUUUUAGAGAGUAUUUAUUUUUCAGCCAUUGUAAAUGACAUUAUCUUCCUUGGUUUUACUAUCUGUGUCUUUUUUUCGUAAACACACACCUCCAUUCUGUCGGCAGACCUGUCACAAUAAAUCGAAUCUGUCACACAAGGGAGAUGCUCGUCUGCGGAGGAAGGUGUAUUAGCAUUUUAAACCGUUUCAAGCUGUCUCCGCGUCUUCUUUCUGGUGUUUGUUUUUUUAACAUUUUCUUUUUUAAAA